GGGUGAAGGUAUGGGGGGGGGGGUGCAUGGAAAGGCACACAGGAGUUUAAGUAUAAAUACAGUGAGUGACAGAUUAUUCUCGUCCAGUCUGGUUGUAGGAAGGCUUGAGUCAGCCACAAGAUGAUUGGCCUGAUUGUUUUCACACUCCUGGGUGCUGCAGCUGCAGCCCCUAUGGAUGACAGGAUUGUGGGUGGCUACCAGUGUGAAGCCCACUCAAAACCCUGGCAGGUGUCUCUAAAUAUCGGCUACCACUUCUGCGGCGGCUCCCUCAUCAACGACCAGUGGAUCAUCUCUGCUGCCCACUGCUGGCAAAACCCCUAUGCACAGAUUGCCGUCUUGGGUGACAACCACAUCUGGAGGUACGAGGGCACAGAGCAGUAUAUGCCAGUGAAUGCCAUCUACUGGCAUCAGAGUUACGACUACCAGACCCUGGACUACGACAUCAUGCUGAUGAAGUUGGCACACCCUGUCACCGUGAACCAGUACGUCAAGCCUGUUGCCCUGCCUAAAGCCUGCCCCAGACCUGGGGACAUGUGCACGGUGUCCGGAUGGGGGAACAUCUACACUGAUCAAGUGUUCAACCCGUUCUACCUUCAGUGUGUGGAAGUCCCCAUUCUGUCUAACAAGGACUGUGAAGGUUCCUACCCUGCCAUGAUCACUGAUCGCAUGGUGUGUGCUGGAUACCUGGAGGGAGGCAAGGAUGCCUGUCAGGGUGACUCUGGUGGUCCUCUGGUGUGUAAUGGGGAGCUGCAGGGUAUUGUCUCUUGGGGCAUGGGAUGCGCUCAGCCUAACUACCCGGGCGUUUACACCAAAGUAUGCUCUCUGAUGCCCUGGAUCAACGAUAUUCUCUCCAGAUACAGUUAGGCUGUGAUCUUCCAUCACAGGACUAUGUGAGAGAGGGGAAACCAGAGAAAGAUUGAAAUUGAAGGAGACAGAGACAGGAGGUGGUGGUGGGUAGUGUCAGAAAGAAAAGCAACGGGAGAGAGGCUAAAAGAGAGCCACAAGGAAAAACAGUGGCAGAGAUAGAGAAAAGGAGAUGUGAGAUGUGUUUAGUCUGGGCAACAAUCAAUAAAAAUCUAUCAUUCUGUGAUA